GAGAGUGGGGCGUUACGGCUCGGCCAAUCGUCGUCGUCGGCUUCCUUCAAAGCCCAAAGGGUGGGGAUGAAAUAACGGCGGAAGGUUCUGCUUCGACAAGAUCGUAAAUCAUGACCAGUCGCUCGCACGUCGCGAUUCGAGCCAACCAGCUGUCAAUCUCAGUGUGCGACGAUCUAUAAAAGGAAUUAUUGUUAUUUAUCCUCUAACGAUGUGCAGUUAUUGAUUGAUCAGUGAGAAUUGGUUCAAUUAUUGACCGAGUGACGGUGAACCUGUUGGUGGAACGAAUGACAGAUUGAAUAUUUUUGUGGUUGAAAAGUGGAGGUUGAUAAGAGUGAAGGAUUGAGGAGUAUGUGCAGCAACGAGAGCCCACCGCCGGCGAAGGAGCCCCUGGCGGUUGGCCUUGGGGUUGGCAAUCCAAUGGCGGGUUUUCUACCAGGUCUGGAGCAGCAUUACAGACUCCAGUUUUAUCAUUACGCAAUGGCCGAGCGUCUGCGACUGGUUCAACAAUUGCAUCCUCAACAUCCUGGAGUUGGACAUCCGAAUUCGGGUGGGCCUGCAUCACAUCUGGGAAUAUCACCGGGAUUUCCAGCACCCCUGCCACUUUAUCCGGCAGCAGCAGCAGCAGCAGCCGCUGCAGGCUACCCCAGCAGAUUAGCCCUGUCAAUGGCUCUCCUUCAUCCCCAUCAUCCGAGAAUUCCGGAGGAGCCGAAACCUCAGCACAGUUACAUCGGUUUGAUUGCAAUGGCGAUAUUGUCGUCACCUGAUAAGAAACUAGUGCUGUCGGACAUCUAUCAACAUAUACUUGAGCACUAUCCGUACUUUAGAUCCCGCGGUCCCGGCUGGAGAAAUUCGAUAAGACACAAUUUAUCUCUGAAUGAUUGUUUUGUUAAGUCUGGAAGGAGUGCCAAUGGCAAGGGACACUAUUGGGCGAUUCAUCCGGCGAAUUUGGAGGACUUCAGGCGAGGAGAUUUUCGGCGACGCAAAGCCCAGCGAAAAGUCCGCCGUCACAUGGGUCUCGCUGUUGAGGAGGAACCAGACAGUCCAAGUCCACCACCACUACCUCCAACUCCACCACCGGCGGCUCUAGUUGGACCAGUUAAUCCACAAUCUUUGUCAGCCAUCUGGAGUCCUCAUCAUCAUCACCAUCAAGUUGCUCAGCAGGCGCAUCAUCAAACGCCUCAGCAGCUCUCACCUCAGUCACCAUCACCAACCCACAAUCAGCAUCACCAAGUUCACAGUCAGACAUCGAUGAGGGGUUCCUUCCAGCCGUCGAGGAAGCGACAGUUCGACGUCGCCAGUCUUCUGGCGCCGGAUGAUCAAAAUUCCGAAUCUUCAAUUCUCAGAGCGGCCAAAGUCCGGAGAUUCAGCUGCAGUGAAUCGGAACACGAGGUCGAUCAGAUCGAUCAGGAGGAGGAGGAUGUGGAUGUUGAUGUUGAUGUUGAUGUUGACGUUGUAGCUGAGACGAAUCCAUUGUCGUCGCCCAUUGCCACCCCCAGUACUAGUCCUGAUGGCAAAAUGGUAUCACCUGACAGUCACUGUGAUUGGAAUUCUCCGACGGCGCUCAGGGCAACUGCCCAACCGCUGUCCGCCAUACAUCUUCACAAUCAUCUUCAUGUGAGGAAUUAUUACAUCCAGGCGAAUGCUACUUCCAGCUCCAGCGUGUAGACGUUUUGUACUUUAUAAGAUGACAGUAGAUAAUGGGUAACAAAAUUCGGUGUACAUAAAUCCUUUUUUGAUGACGAUCUCCAAUGUUCAAAGUGUAAUAUAAAACUGAGUGUAAUAUAUUAGACUGUAAUGAUAAUUGUACUUCAUAAUUGUAAAAUUCUGAUUGUGUAAUACAUGGGAUUCUGGUCGGAGAGGGAGACAAAUGAUAAAUCCAAAAUUGAUAUCCUCGAUGAAUGAGUAAUGACGAGAGACCUUACGAGUUAAACCAUUCCUUCGUAUGUUUAUGUAUAAAAAAUGAAUGUUUUUGCGUUCUCGUAGGCAGAUUGAUAUUGCCAGGAGCAUAGGGAGGAGUGAUAAGGACUAUCGCUGAUUUAAUAUCAGCGAUUUAAUAAAAGUCUGUUCCCACGAAUAUUUGUCUGUUUUUUUCAAUGGUACACGUCCUUUUAAAUUGGGUACAUGGAAAUAAUAGUUAUCACGGGAAGAUGCCGUAUCUACUGUCAAUCAAAUGGCUGACGAAUAUUUAUCACUUUUUUUGUUCCUGAAUAUAACGGAUAUAUA